GAAGAUCAAGUAAUGUUAACUGAGAAAGAUCUCCUAGAGGAUGGUUUCGGAGAGCACCCCUUCUACCACUGCUUGGUUGCGGAAGUGCCUAAAGAGCACUGGACUCCUGAAGGUUACAGUCUCUAGCUUCGCCAUGUACAUGGCCCUUCUGUGUACAUGGAUGGGCGGGGAGGUAACUAAAAGAUCCUUUACACAAUAAAGUAGAUGAUCAUGAUAAAUGAGGUAAGGUCCUAUUAUCACACACUUGAAACAUGGUAGAUCAGAAACUUAAUUCGCUUCUUGUCUGUUUGCAAAGAAAUGGAAACUGGCUAGAAAGUUGAAUUUGCAACCAUUGCUUCCAUUUGGAAUUGAAUUGACAUUCCUUAUGAGGGAGUCAAUUUUUAAUUGUUUUUUAAAAGUUUUUUUAAUGUAUUUCUUUUUUGCUGACCCUGUUGACUGGCCAGAAAAGGGCUAAAAGGGGAAGUUGCUUGGGUGGAUGCUUUCUUCAGUUUUCUUCUGACGUCUGUUCCUUAGGCUAGAAGGUAAUCAGAACACCCCCACGAUGAGCUAGCUCUUAAAAGUAUGUGAGGGUGUUACAUAACACCUGUAUCUCGUUACUGCUACUUCUCCUGCCUCAGAAAUGGGGAAAGUAAAUUGAAAACUUUUGCGUGGGAAGGCAUGUUCUGAAAGUCAACAUUGUCCUUUUGGCCUGGUGUUCUGACCUUAAGGAAUAAAGAGUUGGUAAACUACACAUGCUCUUUCUUCUAAACCGCUGUGUAAACCCAGCUUUGGCCAAGCCCACAUACCAGUAUGUCAUUAGGGUGUGAAUAAUGUGCGUGCUUAGUUUAAGGCCGUGGCAAUUUUGCUCUGGUACACGUAAUGAAAGUGUUUUCACUUCCAGAGUGUGAGCCCAGCAGACUGCGGACUAGCCAGCCCACAGGUGUCUUCUAGCUUCAACUAGCUCUAAUGUGUGCUUUUUGCAAAUAUAUGUCUGAGACCAGAGAAAUCGUCCAUCAUUGGUCUGCACUGUGCUAGCGUAAACAUGAGGAGGCAGUCCGGUUCACGGCUACUUGUUUCCAUGAUGCAUGCAUGUCUAUUUUCUUAAAAUCUUACGAUAGGCUUCUGAUUCUGCCAAUACAGCUUGAAUGGUUUGAUUUUCUUCUCUGUAUCUCAUGGGAUACUCUUAUUACAGGACACAGCAUUGUUGGUUUCGCCAUGUACUAUUUUACCUAUGAUCCAUGGAUUGGCAAGUUACUGUAUCUUGAAGACUUCUUCGUGAUGAGUGAUUACAGAGGCUUUGGUAUAGGAUCAGAAAUUUUGAAGAAUCUAAGCCAGGUUGCCAUGAAGUGUCGCUGCAGCAGUAUGCACUUCUUGGUAGCAGAGUGGAAUGAACCAUCUAUCAACUUCUACAAACGAAGAGGUGCUUCUGACCUGUCCAGUGAAGAGGGAUGGAGGCUCUUCAAGAUCGACAAAGAGUACUUGCUGAAAAUGGCAGCAGAGGAGUGAGGAGUGCUGGCGCAGACGACGACAACCUCCAUUAUACUUUAGAAUACAUUCUCAACUUACCUUGCUUUCUAUCUUGUUCGUAGUGAAAUAAUAGUGUGAGCACCCAUUCCAAAGCUUUAUUACCAGUGGCGUUGUUGCAUGUUUGAAAGGCAGUCUGUUUAAAAUGACAGUUAUGUAUGUGGUUUGGAGGCAGAGUUCUUGAACAUCUUUUGAUGAACAACAAGUUGGUGUGAUCUUACUUUUUAUGAAAAACAAAACUUCAUUCUUGUGAGUCAUUUAAAUGUGUACAAUGUACACACUGGUACUUAGAGUUUCUGUUUUGAUUCUUUUUUAAUAAACUACUCUUUGAUUUAA